GUUAAAUGGUUCCCAGUGCAAAAUGUGUAUUCUGAGCAAAAUGUGGUUUCCUUAUACGAGAUUAUGUUACUGGUUAAAAAGAAUUUCAUGUAGGGAUAUUAUUGCCCUGGCAUGAUUUUUAGUGCUAUAAUGUCUGAGGUGGCGAUAGUGAUGGUAGUAGAGGUGGUGAUAAUAGCGGUAGUGUUGGCGGCAACCACAAUGAUAUGGUAGUAAAGUAAUGAUAUUAUCGAAUAUUCAUAAAAAUACUUGCUGACAGCAAAAUUUUUAAUGUGAUUAGUAAUGUGAGACUUAUAAAAAAUGAGGAUUUGCAUAACGUGUGUGUAUUGGACAUUACUUUUUAUAUCGGUUGCUUCCAGUGCACUCUUGUUCAUCAUUGUAGCAUCAGAAAGUGCACAAACAACGUAUUAUAUGUCUUCGAAGAGAAAUGAAACAUCCGAGACUUACGAUAAUGUUACAUUGGAUAGCAUGGAAGGUGAUAGUUUAGAAUCACCCAAUAUAGCUAUCGUCAAAUUGAAGGAUCCAAUCAAAUUAGAGAAUAAUUACAAGGAUCAUUAUUAUCAAGAAAACUUUGCUAAAAAGCUUACCAAGUCUGAAACCGUUAAACUUGGUGAAGCAACAAAGAAAGAUAAUAUUUACAAAAAUGUAGAUUUUGUGGCCGAGAGUCUUCCUCAACAACCCAAUCUAUCUCAGGGAAUUUCUGAAACUGAGGAUGCAACAGUUUUGACUUUGGUGAAUACGGCUGCAGCAGAAUUACAAAGUUUAGUAGAACCAAAAUUCAAUUCAGAAUACUCGAAUGUAAAAUUAUUUACAAAGAAUUCAUCGUUAUUAACAAAACCCACACAUAUCGGACAGAAAACGGAGAAAGGAGAUCAAGAAAUUUCACCUAGCACACAAACUCCAUCAACAUCAAUUAUUGACGAAAUUGGUCUAGAAUCUAACAAAACGAAUAUUUCGGACGAAGAACUAUUACUAUUAUCAGAUGCAGUUGACGACGAAAAAUCCGAAGUAGUAGUAGUGAGGGCUGAAAAAGGUUCUAUUAUUACUGAUGGAUUUGAGUUCGAGCUCGAAGACGAGAUUGUUAAAGUUCUUCCUGAUGAAAUAGCAAAAGUGGAUGAAGUAGUUACAACGGCUCCAGUUCUGAGCGAUAGUGAAGCCAGUACUCGAUUAAUGGGACAUACUAUGGACGAAACUGCUACAGUUGUUCUUGGUGAAGAUGUUGUGUCGGUAGUACCUCCGGAUCCACACGAGGAUAUACCAUCUUUUAACGAGUGGACUCAAAAAAGACUAGAAGAAGCUGAGAAGAAGAAAACACAUCCAAAUGUAUCUGUUCAAAAUUCUGGAGCCCCAGUGCGCGGAAUUGGUGGAAUGAAGAUUCGUUCCAAGAAUUACGCUUCUCCAGAUUGUGGAGCUAAAAUCGUAGCAGCCAAUCCGGAAGCUCGAAGUGCCAGAAGUGUUUUAGCAUACACCAGGGAUGAAUAUAUGUUGAAUACCUGCACAUCGCGCAUAUGGUUUGUGGUAGAACUUUGCGAGGCUAUUCAAGCAAAAAAAAUCGAAUUGGCCAAUUUUGAACUUUUUAGUUCAUUACCAAAAGAUUUUUCGGUAUACAUUAGUGAUCGUUUUCCUACGCGAGACUGGAGUCUGGUUGGUCAGUUCACUGCGAAAGACGUAAAGGAUAUUCAAAGUUUUGUUUUACAACCACAUCUUUUUGGAAAAUUUAUAAAAGUAGAGCUUCAUACAUAUUAUGGGUCUGAACAUUUUUGCCCCAUUUCAUUAUUUCGUGCUUAUGGCACCAGUGAAUUCGAGGUUUUAGAAACGGAGACAGAAAAUCAAAUUUCAAGAGAUACGGAUACAGAUGCACACAAUGAAGAAGAUAGUGACGGAGAGGAAAUUUUAGACAUUGAAAUUGGUGAGCCACCAAGAAAUUUAUUUGGUAGUGCUAGAGAUGCUGUAUUAAGUAUUGUAAAAAAAGCAGCUCAAGUAUUAGGAAAAUCCAAUGAAUUAGCUGGUGAAAAUGUCACAAGAAUCAAACAAAGUGUAAAUAGCAGUAAUUUUUUUGAGAACUCUUUUCUUGAUUGCACUACGCCAAGAUAUACAAUUCUUUGCAAUGGUUGCUCGAAUCAGAAACUUGCGAAGGUAUUCUAUUUAAUUAGUUGCAGAUUGCAACAAUUGAAUCAGUUAUUAAAAAUUGAUCUUGUGAACAAAACUUUACGACAUAAUGGAUUCUGUAAGAGUUACGACGUGGAAAUUGAAACUCUUAUCAAAAGAAAUCCUGGAGAAGAAACUAGCAAAAUAGAAGAUACAGUAGAAAAACACAACCAACCUGAUGAAAGGUUUAAUUCAACAAAGAAUUUACAGUUAUUAUUCUUUACAUCUAUAUAUAAGAGUGAAUAUAUUACGGCACUCUGUAAUAUGUUAGCAAUAAAAGAAGGUAAAAUGGUACUGAAUGCAAGCUAUGAAAUACUACUUAACUAUACUAAAGAUGCCAGUAAGGAAGAUGUUUUACGUAAAGAUAAUGAAGAAUAUAAUACUGAAACAAUUAAGCCAUUUGAACAUGUACCACCUAUGUACAUUUCGAGUUCAAGUGCUGAUAGUAAAUUAGUAUCUUCUCGAGAAUCUCAAAAAAGUAAUCAGGAAAUACUUAAUCAAGAAGUUGAUAAAUCUAUUAGUAUACCUAUUGAGACCUCCACGAGUUCUGAAAAUUUAGCCUCGCAAAUAAAACCUGACAAACUACUUGGAAAAGAAGAACUAAAAAAUAUUUCCACAAUUUCUAUUUUAGAAUCUAGUAAAGAUAGUAUCGAGGAAUCAAUUCAGACUGAAACGUUAACAACUAUUCUCGAGUCUUUAAAUAGCGGACAACAUGCAAAUGUAAAAGACUCUGAAGAGUCAUUGAUUACUUCUAGUACUUCAAUUGAAAAUCAAGCUCAAACAAUUCCUUCCGUUUUAACAACUACUAUUGAUAAUGAGUUGUUACACGAAGAUGUUGUACUUGAUGUAGAGCCUUUGGAAUUUGUCGCUAUACCAAGCAAAGUAGAGAAAAUGGAACACUUCGACUAUGAAGGAAAACAAGGACAACCAGAAAUUGUGGAUCAAGGAAUUAAAUUAGCAUCUCAGGAUCCGUUGAUGUUUGAUACGUUGCUAUCUGAUUUAAAGGAUUUAGAAGGGGAUGCUGCACAGAUUCAAAAUGGGCCUGCUUCAAGUGCCUCGGUAACACAGUCAACAAACAAUAUCAUGCCACAAAAAGAAUCUGUUUUUCUUAGAUUAUCUAAUAGAAUCAAGGCGUUAGAGAGGAAUAUGUCCUUGAGUGGACAAUACUUGGAGGAGUUAAGUCGCCGCUACAAGAAACAAGUCGAAGAUAUGCAAAGAUCACUCGAGCGAGCAGUCUUAGCGAUGAGUGAGGAUACACGAAGGAGAGAGGAACGCGAAUCAAAGAAAGCUGAAGAAAUUGUUAUGUUGCGAAAAGAAAUAGACAGUCUGACAAAAUCAGUAAAAAAUCUUCUAUACGACCGAGACAGUUGGCUUGGAAAAUUAUCGAUGAUGGGUCAGCAUAUUUUAUUAGUGUGUUCUGAAGUCUUUUUAAUAUUCUUGAUUGUAUUAUAUUGCCAAAGAAUUAAAAGUUCCGAGGGAAAGGAAAAACAGUUAACAAAAGAGUCGAUUCGUCGCAAAAGUGCAGAAACCUUUAGUUCGCAUAUAAAAAAGCCGAAAAAGCGACGACCCAGCGAGAUAGCUUCCAAUAUUACCGACACGUACCAUGAAAUAAUAACUAAUGAUAAAUCUCAAGAAACUAAAAAGGCAAAAAAGAAAAAACGUAAAAAGGAAACCAUUCUCAAUACUGAUAAUGCAAAUGUAAAUAAUGACGAAAAAAGGAAUUCAAUUGUACAUUGCAAACUUGCAGGUAAUAGAGUUACAGGUAAUAUAGAAGUAACAUCGAGGAGCGUCUCAUCGACUGAAGUAUCACAAGCAAGUGAUUCUCGCGCACAGAUUUGCAGACGACCAAGAUCUGCCCCAGAAAAUACAGUCGAUUGGCUUUACGAUUAUGUUCAUGAAAAAAAAUGUAGUGUCCCAUUAUCAUUAUUAUGCGGUGAGAGUUUUAAUGCCGAGUCUAUAAAACACACUAAGUUCAGUAGGUCGUGCAUUGAAAAUUUGAACGAAUCGAGUUCAUCGUCAAUAAACAUGUUACCCAAAAGUGAUAUUUCAAGUGAAGAGAUUGCUUCCGAAUUGUCGACAGAUAAUUUUAAUUCCAAUAAUAGUAACGUUAUCCUAGAGGAUACAAAAUUAAACUCGUCGCCUUUCUUUAUGAAAACUGCUUUGUGUGUAAGAAAAAAAAGGAAAGCUCAUUUUAAUUAUGCAAAUACAGAACGGAGUCAGAAUUCAGGUGAUUCCAACGAUAAGUCUGAAGGAAUAAAUUCUACUGCUUCAAAAUCAUUUCUAGAAAAAAUUCAUACUAAUGAUGACACAACUACCGAUGUUCUGUUAUUAAACCAAAGUGAUGAAUCAAGAAGCAGUAGUGUCAUAUCGUUGUCAAAAAAAAAUGACAGAAAAAGUACUGGUUUUAAGAAGAUGGUGAGAAAAUUUUUUUGAUUGAAAUAGGCUGAUUAAAAUAAUUUGAAAUUGAUAGACUUCGUAAUGUUUUUAUUUAAGCGUAGAUUCGAAUGCUACGCUCGUAUGAUAUUAUUAAAUAAAGUAAAUAGUGUGGAAGGAUUAAGUUAUACUGCGGUUAUGCUUGUAUGAAAUUUUAUAUCUGUGAAUGUAAGUGUACCUAUUAGGUAAGUUAUUCUUAUGUAGAGCUGCUUAAAAAAUAUGACUUUAGCAUGGUGAGGUAGUAGUAUUAUCUUGAAUUUCGACUUACGCGUGUAAAAAGGCGUACGGCUUUGGUACGGCUUUGUUUUGUCAUUAUUUUCAGAACUGUCGUUGAUCUUGCUCUUCACACGAUUAUACCAGCUAUCAAUCGAACAAGGAGCACAAAACCAAUUAUCUAACAGACAAAAUGAAGAACAAAUAUGAAAUCUGGAAUUCUUGAUACUUAAAUCUAUACGGAUCUUCAACCAGUAUUUCUGUACAUGAACUAAUAUGCAAUGGUCUCUUAAUUAACCCCUAUUUUAAAGGAACAACUGAUUUAUAUAUUAUCACUGUAUAUUGUAUAAAAAUAUAUUUGCAUUACAUUAUGAUAAAUAACAUAUUAAAAUUAAAAAUAAGAUAAAAAUUUGCGCUGGAUCCUGCAUUGUUUUUUGUAGUUUGUUAUAUUUGUUAACCCUUGUACGACAGACGGUAUUGGCAAUGUCAUUUGAAAAUAAACUAGUUAAGUAUUGGUUUUCUUCAAAUUCUGGAUUUUUUUUGUAAUACAAUUAGUACAUGAAAAAGAACUACAUCUAAUAAGAAAAUAAUAUCAACACAAGCAUUAUUGUGUUGCAUAUCUAAGUAGCCUGAAAACACUAUUCAUAAAUGUAAGUACUUGUUAGCGUCAACGCCCUUUGAAAAAAUAGACGCACAUGCCAUGACCACCUUAUUUAGCGGCUUAGGCAGCCCAAGUGGCGAUACACCGUGUGCUUUUUUUUUUUUUACGAGGGGAAAUCCUCAUGGACACCCGGGGGCCUGCCCGAUGGGAGGGCCGGCGGGUAGCA